AUGACUGAGGCUCCUUUGGGGAUAAACAUCGACAAACCUCGUUACGAUCAGUCCACAUAUAUUGGCCGAGCGAAACAUUUUUUCAUAACCACAAACCCCCUCAAUUGCCUCAAGUCUAGCAAAGAGUUGGAUGAAGCCAAAACAAUCGUUCAGAAGUACAGAGCGGGUGAGAAAAUUCCAGGCCUUACGGUUGAUCAACUCUGGAAAGCUAAACAAACCUACGACUCAGCUUAUCAUCCUGACACUGGUGAAAAAAUGUUCAUCCUCGGCCGUAUGGCUUUCCAAGUGCCUGGGAACAUGACAAUCACUGGAUGUCUCCUGACUUUUUACAAAUCACCCGCAGAGGUGAUAUUUUGGCAGUGGUUUAACCAGUCUUUCAAUGCAAUAGUAAAUUAUACUAACAGAAGUGGAGAUACUCCAAUCUCUAUGGCCCGUCUUGGUAUCUCCUAUGCAAUGGCUACAGCCGGUGCCGUUACCAGUGCACUGGCAAUCAAUAAACAAGUCUCACGUUUUCCACCAUUGGUCGGCCGAUUCGUGCCUUUCGCGGCAGUUGCAUUGGCCAAUUGUAUAAACAUUCCUUGUAUGCGCAGCGGUGAACUUAGUGCAGGCAUUGAUGUAACUGAUGAAGAUGGCAAGAAAUUAGGCAAAUCGGUCAGCACUGCUCGUGUGGCUAUUGCUCAAGUGACAUUUUCUCGCAUUCUUAUGGCUUCACCUGGCUUAGUUAUUCCUCCCUUCCUGAUGGACGCCUUAGAACGUAGGGGAGUUCUUCGACGCUAUCCUUGGAUCAGUGCUCCUCUACAGGUUAUCCUCUGUGGUAUUCUCAUCACCUUUGCCACACCCAUGUGUUGUGCAAUCUUCCCUCAGAUAAGUUCAAGACCAUUCAACAAACUCGAGAAGGACCUUCAAGAGAAAAUAAUUAAGGAGAGCGGAAACAAACUCCCCCCACAAUAUGUCUACUACAACAAAGGCCUAUAG